CUGGGCUCAGGGUGGCGGUGCCAUGCCAAGCCCCGGAGAGAGAUCCGGGAGCCAGCAGGCAUUGGCGUGCGCGCUUCUGUCAGAGCUGCCAGUCAACAAUCACUGCUGGGAAAAGCUGGCUUCCGGAUGCGCCCCCCGUACAUUCUUAGAGCUUAAGUGACAAUAUCUCUUAGGAGCUGCUUGAGAUAUGACCAAUUUGGGGGUUCAGCCACUUUGUAUGGAAAGUUAUGGCUCUCGCAGUGCUCAGCACUACCGGGCCUUGCCUGAUGGAAGGUUAGACUGCAUUCCAGACGGACCUCAAAAUCGAGGAUUCCGUUCACUACGGGAGAUCUUCAUGUUGGUCUUCCUACCCCAGGGUUAUCCUGAAAGUGUGAGUUCAGACUACCUGGCCUACCAGAUUUGGGACACAGUUCAGGCCUUUGCCAGUAGCAUCACAGGGACUCUGGCCACCCAGGCUGUGCUGAAAGGGGUGGGAGUCGGAGAUGAGGCUUCAACCGUCACGGCUGCCACUGUCACUUGGAUCCUGAAAGAUGGGACUGGGAUGCUGGGCCGAAUUCUCUUUGCCUGGAGUAAGGGGAGCAAACUGGACUGCGAUGCAAAGCAAUGGAGGCUCUUUGCUGAUGUCCUGAAUGACAUGGCCAUCUUAAUGGAGAUCCUGGCCCCAGCAUUCCCAGCAUGCUUCACUCUCAUUGUGUGCAUCAGUGGCUUCUUCAAGUGCAUUGUGGGAGUUGCUGGAGGGGCCACUCGGGCAGCCCUCACCAUGCACCAGGCCCGGCGGGACAACAUGGCCGAUGUUUCAGCCAAAGAUGGAAGCCAGGAGACCCUGGUGAACCUAGCUGGCCUCUUCUUCAGUCUUCUCCUCAUUCCUCUUGUAGCAGACAAUCUCCGCCUCACUUAUUCCCUCUACGGCCUCUUCACUGCCUUGCAUCUCUACGCCAAUUAUAGGGCGGUACGAUCCGUCUGCAUGGAGACCCUCAACCGUGCCCGGCUCCGCCUGGUCUUGCGGCCUUUUUUGCAGCGGGGUAAAGUGCUAGGACCUGCUCUCGCCAACCCUCAGGAGCCUCUGGUGCCAGGGUUUCAGCAGGAGCUCAGGAUGAAGCUUGGGACACCACUCCACACUGUGGCCUCCAGAGUUGCAGAUUUCCAGAAAGCCCUUGAAGGGAAUGCCACAAAUCACUUAAUCUUCUUCAACCGAGCAGCAGGGACUGUCUCCAUUCUCCUACACCGACUGGCAGGCAGCGUGGAUGUAAUUAAAGCCUGCACUCACGCCUUCCUCCUGGAAGUCCUGCUGUACCAAGAUGUGGCAAUGUCUGCCUUGGAGGAAGAGUCUCUCCUGGAUCUGCAGCGUAGGCUUCGUGAAGAUCAUUCAGAACCUGAGAAUAAGGACAGCGCUGCGAUUUCUGAAACACAUCAGCUGUUGGACAAAAUAUUUCCCAAAUUCCUGGCAGGAUUGACAGCAGCAGGAUGGGUAACAGACCGGAACCUUCUGGGCCCUGAUGAGUGGCGCAUGGAUUGGACCAUCCCUGAAAAGAAAACCCUUUAACUCCAAGAGACGUUUAACAUGGCGACUUGCUAAAGCCUUGGAAAGAGUGGAUGGCAGAGGUGCUGUCUCUUCCUCACGUGGGGUUGUCAGAGUUUUUAAUGCCAAAAUGGAUGGGAGCGCAGGGUACCUGAUGUUGGGAUAUGAGUGCUCACCAGCUGCUCACCCUGAUUUUUUGAGGGUGAGAGGGAAACACAAAAAUAAACCCCUUUUUUUAUAAACGUUAA